CAACAAACAACCCAUUAAGAAUAUUUGGUGACGUGACGGCCGUCUCCCAAGUGCUCCGCGACUUGGUAUAAUUUGGAUUCUUAAGCGACACACGCCGCCGAACCCCGAGCGAGAUCAGCUUUCUUCCUCCUCCAACAUCGACAACCACCAUCAACCCAACCAACACCACCAAAAUGGUUUCCGCAACUCUCCUCUUCGCAGCGGCUAUUGCGCCUCUCGCCUCCGCGCACUUCGCCCUCGAAUACCCCGCCUGGCGCGCCGACACUCUCGAGUCCGGCACCAACUACUCCCAAUGGCAAUAUCCUUGCGCCGGCGUCCCCGCCUCCACCUCCACCUCUGGUAACCGCACCGACUGGCCCCUCAAAGGCGGCAGCCUCAAGGUGGACUUGCACCACCCGUGGGAGUACGUGUUCGUCAACCUCGGUCUGGGCAGCAACGUGACCAACUUCAACUACACCCUCACCGGACCCACGUUCUGGAACGUCACGGGAGCGGGCACGCUUUGCGUUGACCUGCCGCUUCCUGAGGGCUUGAACCCGUCGGAUGGCCAGGAGGGGAGUAUCCAGGUUGUUACGGUGGGAGAGAGUGGGAGUGCUUUGUAUAACUGCGCCGAUAUCACCUUCCGCGCCAACGCCACGGCGCUGUCGAAGGAUGAGUGCAAGACUGAUGAGAAAGUGUCGUUUGUUCAGAUCAAGGAGCAGAGUGAUAACAGCACCGAUGGCGGCAAUAGCACCGAUGGCGGCAAUAGCACCGAUGGCGGCGACAGCGCGGACGACAAGAAGAGUGGUGCUUCAUUCGUUGGGUUGAACACCGUUGCUCUCACAGCCGUUGUGGGUAUGGCGUUGAGCUUUGUGACUGGUAUGGUGCUGUGAUUGGGGAACGGGGUUCGAGUUGUUGGUGGUUAUACCACGGAAAGCUUGUGGUGGUGUACAAGAUAGGAAAUACAAAGUUCUAAUACUACCAUGUGUGAGCAACGCUACAACGAGUUUGAGGUACUCGGGAAUGUCCCAGUGUGACACGU